CUGGACAUGGGUCCCUGAAACACUUCUGUCCUUGCUGGAUGCCUGCAGCCAUGUGGCUGGUUCUCCUCCUGCUGUGGCUGAGCCCUGCGGCCCCAAAUUGGGAGACAGGAAGCUGUUCCCAACCCCAGCCCCUCUGCUGCCUUGGAACAGAUUACCACUGCAAAAGAGGAAGCUGCUACUGUGAUGAAUUCUGCCAUGCGGUAGCAGACUGCUGCUCAGACCACAGUGCUUUCUGCAACCCUGGUAGCUCAGGGGCAGGAUCAUUUCCACCCCUGGCAGAGCUGGAUAUGGUGACUGACAAAGCUUCUCAGGCUCCAAAGAUGGUGCUGCAGAUGGUGCUGAGGGUGGAGAACUCACCGAGCCCUGCCAGAAGCAAUGUAGACUGGAUGCAGGGCAUGGCGCAGCAGCUCCUCCAAACCAGCCUCCCAGGAAUGCCCCUUUCCAUCUCCGUGAAGGGAAUCAAGAAGAGAGUGUGACACCACCCUGGAGCUCCUCCCCACACCCAGGACCAGCAGGGCCCAUGGAACGGAAAUCACCCUCACCACUCUGGCUUGUUGGGGACCAUUUGUUCCUGGGCCCAGAAGUGCUCAUCUCUUGGCUGCCAUCCUAUCUGCUUCCACACUGGUUUAACCAGAGGAAAAUUAAAAUACGCAAUUAUAGUAAACACAUUUAAAUGUACAUAGAAUC